CAUGUUCUUUCAAAAAAAUACACCAACGUUACAUCAACCUGUCGCUUUUAACUCCUUGAACAUCUAAGAAAUAAAGAGAUUAUGGCUAGCACCAGUCACUUCAAUGUCUACAACAUUAAUAUUUCGAGCUUUCUCCUUCUUGUUUCUCUGGUCAUUGUCUCAUUUUCACUCACCAUCUGCUUUGCUUCGGAGUCUGAAGUUGAGAAAGAAAGUGAAUUCGCAUAUGUAGAAGGAACUGGAAAGGGGCCAAAGAACUGGGGAAAGAUUAACCCACAUUGGGAAACUUGUGGUAAAGGACAAAUGCAGUCUCCUAUCGAUCUCCUUGACGGGAGGGCAGUGCAAGUUUUUCCCAACUUAGGAAAGCUGCGUAGGGAUUACCAAGCAGCUCCUGCAGCCGUGAAGAAUAGGGGGCAUGACAUUACAGUGAUUUGGAAAGGAGAUGCAGGAAAAAUCACGAUUAAUAAUACUUCUUACCAGCUGAAGCAAUGCCAUUGGCAUUCACCCUCAGAGCACACAUUCAAUGGUUCAAGGUAUGACCUGGAGCUUCACCUAGUUCACUAUAGCUCUCAGGGAGGGGUAGCUGUUUCUGCAAUUGUUUACAAAUAUGGUCGGCCUGAUCGCUUUCUUUCAAGGUUGUUCCACCAUAUAACUCGCCUUGACCCCGAAGAAGAGAUAGAUGCGGGGAUUGUCAACCCAGGAGAUAUCAAAUUUGGGAGCAGAAAGUAUUACAGAUAUAUCGGUUCCCUUACAAGUCCUCCUUGCACCGAAGGUGUUAUUUGGACAAUAGUGAAGAAGGUCAGGACAGUCUCAAGGGAGCAAGUCAAAGCAUUAAGGGAUGCUGUUCAUGAUGGAUUUGAGGCAAAUGCAAGACCAACUCAGUCAUCGGAUGGAAGAGCAGUUUUUGAGUACACUCCGAGAGCGGUUGAGGCCUCUGCCUAGCUAGUAAUACAAACUGAAGAGUAAAGAACUCCAGAGAUCUUCAUCACGCGGACUUCUGUAUAUCAUUUAUUCAGCUGGUUUAUUGCCAUUAUACUAAGAUUCCAUGCCGAAUGUCUCUAUAUGAUACCACAAAAAUGGAGAUUAGGAAAAAGGGAAGGAGUGUUCCUUUGCCACUAGCGUGUUCUCAUUAGCCGUUGAGCUUUCUCUAAACCUCCAUCCUUGUUGAGUACAUAUCUAUCUAUGAUAAAUU